AUGCUAUCCAGAAGAAAAGUUAGCAGGAGACAAUCUCUAUCAAGAGUCCAUGACGAGAAACGAGAAAAGAACGGCUCUGAAGGCCAGGCAACUGACUCUGUAAAGGAAUUUCAAGAUCAGGACAACGGAGAUGAACAAUACGUCGAGCAUCAAAGGAAUAAGAUCAUAAGGCACGCAGGGAAGAAGAGAUGGAGAGAUUCAAGAAGGUUUAUAUUUAUGUUAGGGGCAUUUCUUGGUUUGAUGAUACCUUUCUAUUUCGGAGCGUCGCAUGUGCAUAGUAACAAUAAAGACUAUUUCGAUAAUUUAAUGAACUUUGGAUCUGUCAAGGAUUAUAUUGAUGAUUGGAAGGAAAUCCUUCCUGAUGGAGUCACAUCAUUUAUUACUGAUUGGCAAACCAAUUUCCCUUACAGUUCAUCGAUGGAGGAUCUCAGUCAGAACUUCGCAGUCGGUAGACGAUUAAUCUCGGACAUGGAAAUCAAGGCUAAGCAUCCGGUUAUUAUGAUACCAGGAGUAAUAUCUACAGGUAUUGAAAGUUGGGGUGUCCUCGGAGACGAUGAAUGUGAUAGUGCACCUCAUUUUCGUAAGAGAUUAUGGGGGUCAUUUUACAUGCUAAGAACCAUGGUAUUAGACAAAGCCUGUUGGUUGAAACAUCUAAUGCUAGAUCCUGAGAGCGGUCUAGACCCCCCAAAUUUUACUUUGAGGGCUGCCCAAGGUUUUGAAUCCACAGAUUAUUUUAUGGCUGGUUACUGGAUUUGGAAUAAAGUUAUUCAAAACUUAGGAGCUAUUGGAUAUGACCCGAACACAAUGACAACAGCAUCUUAUGAUUGGAGACUUGCAUAUCUAGAUUUGGAACUUCGUGACAGAUACUUCAGUAAGUUGAAGGAACAAAUAGAAAUGUUCCAUGAAUUGACUAAGGAAAAAGUUGUUCUUGUGGGUCAUUCUAUGGGCUCUCAAAUUGUCUUUUAUUUCUUAAAAUGGGUUGAAGCGGAGGGGAAAUAUUAUGGUAAUGGAGGUAAAGAUUGGGUUGACAAUCAUAUAGACUCAUUCGUCAAUGUUGCAGGCACUUUACUUGGAGCUCCUAAAGCGGUCCCCGCCUUAAUCAGUGGUGAAAUGAAGGAUACAAUUCAAUUGAAUGCAUUCGCUAUGUACGGGUUAGAAAAGUUUUUUAGUCGAAAGGAACGCCUACAACUAUUACAGACAUGGGGUGGUAUUCCUUCAAUGCUUCCGAAGGGAGGUGAUCUAAUAUGGGGUAAUAUGACGUACUCAUCCGAAGACUCUCAACAUAAUAAUACAGAUACUUUUGGAAAUUUUAUAAGGUUUGAACGACAAAGCAAAGAUGUACAAAACAAUUUGACAAUGCUCAAUGCCAUUGAUUUAGUAAUGAGGCUAUCACCAACGUGGUUGCAAGAAAGAAUACGGGAUCAGUACUCGUACGAUUAUGCUCAAACAGUUGAUGAAUUAAAACAGAAUGAGCUGCAUCACUCUCAUUGGAGUAACCCCUUGGAGGUUCCUUUACCAAAUGCACCUAAUAUGAAGAUAUAUUGUAUAUAUGGUGUUCAUAACCCAACAGAGAGAGCAUAUGUGUAUAGAGAGCAAAAUACUAAUUCCAGUCUGAACUAUACAAUCGAUUAUGAAAGUGAACGACCUGUGUUUUUUACGGAAGGUGAUGGUACAGUUCCUGUGAUAACACAUGCAAUGUGUCAUAAAUGGGGAGAGGGGAAAUCGCCUUACAAUCCUGGCGGUUCUAAAGUAAAGAUUGUGGAGAUCAAGCAUCAACCAGAUAGAUUCGAUAUUAGAGGUGGUGCAAAGAGUGCAGAACAUGUAGAUAUUCUUGGUAGUGCAGAAUUGAAUGAAUAUAUCUUGAAGAUUGCCAGCGGGCAUGGUGAUGAAAUUUCACCAAGAUACAUUUCGAACAUGACUGAAUGGAUCAAGGAAAUUAACUUUCCAUUCUAA